UGGUGAUGCAAGCGCUCCCGCCCUUUUCUGAGAACACAGAAAACCUGACUCAGGCAGGCAGCUGCGGCUAUUAAAACAGCGCCGGCCCGCACGCGUCCCUGCUGGGGUGAGGGCCGCCGCCGCCGCCGAGCAACAAUGAAGCUAGCCAACUGGUGGGGGCUGAGCUCGGCUGUCCUUGCGGCUUAUGGCGUUUUGGUUGUGGCGAACAAUGAAACGGAGGAAGUUAAAGAUGAAAUGGCCAAGGAUGCCUGCCCGGUGAGACUAGAAAGCAGAGGGAAAUGCGAGGAGGGGAGCGAAUGCCCCUACCAGGUGAGCCUGCCGCCACUGACCAUUCAGCUCCCGAAGCAGUUUGGCAGGAUCGAGGAGGUGUUCAAGGAAGUCCAGAACCUCAAGGAAAUGGUAAAUAGCCUCAAGAAAUCUUGCCAAGACUGCAAACUGCAAGCUGACGACAGCCGAGACCCGGGCAGAAAUGGACGGCUGUUACCUAGCCCAGGAGCGCUAGGAGAAGCCGAUGACAACAGAGUUCGAGAAUUAGAGAGUGAGGUUAACAAGCUGUCCUCUGACCUAAAGAAUGCAAAGGAGGAGAUCGAUGUGCUUCAGGGUCGCCUGGAGAAGCUCAACCUUGUAAAUAUGAACAACAUAGAAAAUUAUGUUGACAGCAAAGUGGCAAAUCUAACAUUUGUAGUCAAUAGUUUGGAUGGCAAGUGUUCAUCUAAGUGUCCCAAUCAAGAAGAAAUACAGUCACGUCCAGUUCAACAUCUAAUAUAUAAAGAUUGCUCUGACUACUACACAAUAGGCAAAAGAAGCAGUGAGACCUACAGAGUCACACCGGAUCCCAAAAACAGUAGCUUCGAAGUUUAUUGUGACAUGGAGACCAUGGGGGGAGGCUGGACAGUGCUGCAGGCACGUCUCGAUGGAAGUACCAACUUCACCAGAACAUGGCAAGACUACAAAGUAGGCUUUGGGAACCUCAGAAGAGAAUUUUGGCUGGGGAACGAUAAAAUUCAUCUUUUGACCAAAAGUAAAGAAAUGAUUCUAAGAAUUGAUCUUGAAGACUUUAAUGGUGUCAAACUCUAUGCCUUGUAUGAUCAAUUUUACGUGGCCAACGAGUUUCUCAAAUACCGUUUGCACGUCGGUAAUUAUAACGGCACAGCUGGAGAUGCCUUACAUUUCAGUAAACAUUACAACCAUGAUCUGAAGUAUUUCACCACCCCAGAUAGAGACAAUGAUCGGUAUCCCUCUGGGAACUGUGGGCUCUAUUACAGUUCAGGCUGGUGGUUUGAUGCAUGUCUUUCUGCAAACUUAAAUGGCAAAUAUUAUCACCAAAAAUAUAGAGGUGUCCGUAAUGGGAUUUUCUGGGGCACCUGGCCUGGUAUAACUGAGGCACACCCUGGUGGCUACAAGUCCUCCUUCAAAGAGGCUAAAAUGAUGAUGAGACCCAAGCACUUUAAGCCAUAAAUCACUAAACUCAUUCCUCUGGGUAUUUAUUACCUAAUACGGCAAUUAAUUCCUUGAGCACUUUGGAAUAUGUUUUAUACUCCUUUACUAUGACUAAAAAUUUAUCUCUAGGAAUAGGUUCUUAUGCUACACAGCAUUUGAAAUAAAGCGGAAAAAGCACACAUUUUAUAGGCAUCUUUUGUUGCUGUUAUACUGUUAUCCAGAUGAAUAUUUGCAAAGCAAUUGGGAGUGUUGAGAAUUACACAUUAGAUUUAUGAUUCCCUUAAUUUCUAUUAAUUGAAAGAUUUUCUAUGUACUUAUGUUACUUGCUAUAAUUAUGAAAUCAUUGUUUAUUUAGCAGGCUGGAUUUUUACACAAGUAAUCUGUAUUUUGAUUGUGACUUAAAUACCUUUUGUUCAGGCUAUAGUCAGUUAUUGGCUAUUUAUGUCUCUAAAUACUUUAAUCCUCAUUCUGAGAUAAACCUUCUCAAUUUAUGUCAUUUCUUUUGGGUCAGGAAGACCCUACAGCAUUUUAGCUCCCAGACAAAGGGAAAUACAUGUAAUUAAACCUGUUCAUGUACUAUUUGUGAAAUGUAAAAUAUUUGUCAUUUAAAAUAUUUUGGUGGUAGCAUAAUGUCACUCCUAAAAGCAUUCAGAAAAUUAAUUCAACCUUAAAGACCAUGAUUUAAAGGUUAUUAAUUCACAGUUGAUAACUCUUUAGGUGUGGAUGGUUAAAACUGCUUUACUAUAAAAAUUAGCUUCCUUUGCUUUGAUUGCACAACAGUUUUUAAUUUAAGAUUGCUCAUUACUGUGCAUGACUACUGGUAGGCUUUCUUUUGGAAGGGUAGGUGUAGGUGGGGAAUGAAGCAUUUAUUUAUAGACUAGAUUACUCUGAGGGCCAAAGCAUUUAUAUCCAAAGCAAUAUUUUCAUUAAGUGAUUCACUUCAUAGAAAGCUAAGUUUUAUAAGACAUAUGUAUUUUGAUAUAUAUAGAAUAGUAGUUCAAAUAUUAUGUAUAUCUCAACUCUAA